GCCCACGCAAUAGAUCUCUACCAAAAUGGCAACUCUUACCACCGUUCCUUUGUUGCUCCUCGUCUUGUUUUUGUGCCCGUCCUUCACUUUGGCCUGGUCUCAGGUAGAGCUGGAUCUAUUUGAUUUAGUAGAAGAAGUAAACGAAAACUUUUACGACUUUCUACAAAUCACACAAGAUGCUUCAGCGGCUGAAAUCAGAAGAUCCUAUCGGAAACUAUCACUACAGUAUCAUCCAGACAAGAACAGAGAUGAUCCAAAUGCUGCAGAGACAUUCAGAAAAAUAGGAGCUGUUGCUGACAUACUAAGGAACGAAGAGACAAGAGAAAUGUAUAAUGAAGUGCUGCUGAAUGGAUUGCCUGACUGGAGACAACCAGUUUAUUAUUAUAGAAGAGUUAGGAAGAUGAGUCUCAUAGAAUUAUCCGGUCUCCUAUUGGUAGUCAUCAUUGUUGGUCAGCUCCUGUAUGGCUGGGCCCAGUAUGCAGAGAAACAACUUGUACUGUAUGACCUACGGCAGAAGAAAGAAAAGAAAGACAGGAAGCUAAAAGGACGCAAAGGUCCCCAGCAAAUAUCUCAGCUUGACGCUGAAGUACUUUAUCAUGAAGCACUAGCUAAAGCUGCACUUCCUCACUACAGCAAACUACUGCCUUGUGUUCUUGUCAAGAAAACGCUUCAGUAUUCUUUUGUAUUGAUCUGUAUCUUAUGGUCAUUGACUAAAAGUAGAAAGCAACAAGAGAGCAAAGGAGGAGAGGAGAGAGAAGAGGAACAAAGGAUCCCCUCCAAUAAGUAUUCAGCCAGAAGCAAGAGAAGACACAUAAAAGAAAAGGAGGAGAAGGAGGAGGAGGUAGAUGAGGGGAGAACAGAAGAGAGACCUGAUAUAAAAAGUGAUGAAGACACAUCAGUUGGAGUAAGCAAUGGUGACAUUGAGGACUCUGCUGACACACCAAUGAGUGAGGAAGAGAAGAAAAGAAUUGAGGAAGAAGAAGAGGAAAAGAGAAGGCAGGAGGAAGAGAAGGAAAAGAGGAGAGCUGCUCUGUUGAAAGAGAAGGAGAGAGAGUUAGAGGAAGAGCUGGUGCAACUGGAGGAAAGCAUAAUGGAGGACGAGAAGAGCAAGAGAAGCAAACGAAGCAACAAGAAGGCUCAUUCGUCUAAAGUGAAAUCGCCUCUUGCGGAUAAAAGUUUAGAAUAUCAGCAAGAGUGGAAAGAAGAGAAAGAAAUAGCGACAGAGUCUAAAUCCGUGGAUCCUAAAGGAAUAGCAAUGGAUGAUGGAGUAGAUUCACAGCCAUGGAGCCAAGAGCAGCAGAAAGAGUUAGAAAAUGCACUUAAGCAAUACAACAAGGAGGAGAGCAAUAGGUGGGAGCUCAUAGCAAGCUGUGUGACUGGAAAAACAAAAGAUGAAUGUAUAGAGAGGUACAAAGAACUGGUGGAGUUGAUAAGAAAGAAAAAAUCGCAAUAGAUACUGGCAUUUUUAGCAACAAUUAAGUCAAAUUUGAAACCAUCAAUGUAUAAAUUGUACAUUUUUUGUCUGAAAUUCCCUUUUCUUUUAUUUUCUAAUUUAUUUACUGUGCAAUAAAAAUCUUUCCGUAAUAAUAA